CAUGUGACCGACCCGCAGCGCUGUCAUGUGACACACACCGCGCGCAUGUAGCCUACAGACGGACAGCGGCAGGAUGGUACAUAGAGUGUCGGUUGUUGUCCUCUUCCUCACUGUGUAUCUGGGUCUUUGUCUUUCUUCGCACGCUUAUGUGCUAGACGAUAAAGCAGGACUGGGGCGGGUGUUUGACGGAGUUGGAGGUCUGAGCGGCGGAGGGGCGACGUCUCGGUUACUAGUUAAUUACGCAGAGCCGUACCGCAGCCAGGUCCUAGACUUCCUGUUUAAACCAAACUUUGGAGCUUCUCUGCAAAUACUGAAGGUGGAGAUCGGAGGAGAUGCUCAGACUACUGAUGGAACAGAGCCGUCCCACAUGCACUAUGAGAAUGAUGAGAACUACUUCCGAGGCUACGAGUGGUGGCUCAUGAAAGAAGCCAGGAAGAGGAACCCCAACAUCACACUCAUAGGGUUACCCUGGGCAUUUCCUGGUUGGGUUGGCCAUGGCAAGGACUGGCCCUAUGACUUCCCAGACAUUACUGCAGCAUAUGUGGUGAAGUGGAUCCUUGGUGCCAAGCAGUACCAUGAUCUGGAUAUUCAGUAUGUUGGGGUGCGGUUUGUUGAUGUCAUCAAUUGCGCGCCGAUUUGGAAUGAGCGAAUCUACAACAGCAAGUACAUCAAGCUGCUGCGAUACACCCUGGAUAAAAAUGGCCUGGAGAGGGUCAGGAUCAUAGCGAGUGACAACCUGUGGGAGCCCAUUGCCCUGUCACUGCUGCUUGAUCCUGAGCUGAGCAAAGCUGUAGACGUGAUAGGGGCUCAUUACCCAGGCACCAACACAGUGACGGACGCCCUGAAGACGCAGAAGAAGCUCUGGUCGUCCGAGGACUACAGCACCUUCAACGAUGAGGUUGGAGGAGGCUGCUGGGCUCGCAUCCUCAACCAGAACUACGUCAAUGGUCACAUGACGGCCACCAUCUCCUGGAACCUGGUGGCCAGCUACUAUCAGGAACUUCCAUUUGGCAGAGAUGGGCUGAUGACGGCUGAGGAGCCAUGGAGUGGCAACUACGUGGUGGAAUCUCCAAUCUGGAUCACAGCCCACACCACACAGUUCACCCAGCCAGGGUGGACUUACCUGCAGACUGUUGGACAUCUUGCACAAGGGGGAAGUUAUGUUGCACUUACUGAUGGAAGUGGAAACCUCACUGUUGUCGUGGAAACUAUGACUCGGGAUCAUUCAGUGUGCAUAAGACCUCCACUUCCUCAAUUCAACGUGACCUCCCAGAAUGCAACUUUCCAGCUGAAGGGAACCUUUGCCUAUAUCAAGGAGUUGCAAGUUUGGCGGUCACAGUUUAACUUCAAGACAAAAAAGUCUGUCUUUUUUCAGAAGCUUACUCCUGUAAAGUUAUUAGAUGGAUCAUUCACAUUAAAUGUGGCUGAAGAUGAGGUCUACACAGUAACUACCAUUACAACCGGACGAAAAGGCAGUUACCCAAACCCACCUCCUUCAGCACGCUUCCCUAAAGUCUACAAGGAUAACUUUAAUGUUCGAAACCCACCAUUCACUGAAGCUCCAGACUUUGCUGACCAAACAGGCGUGUUUGAAUACUACAUCAAUCUGACUGACCCUGGACCUCACAUCUUCACCUUGCGACAGGUUCUUACUGAGAGACCUGUCACAUGGGCGACUGAUGCUGACCAGACCGUCAGCGUCAUAGGAGAUUAUUUGUGGCAGAACCUGACGGUUACAUGUGAUGUCUUCAUGGAGAGUAUUACUAGUGGUGUUUUCAUAGCAGCCAGAGUGGACAAAGGAGGGCAGUCAGUCCGCAGCGCUAACGGAGUCUUCUUCUGGGUGUUUGCAGAUGGCACCUACAAAGUUACCAACGAUAUUGCUGGUCAGACUGUACUUGCAGAGGGUCAGUCUGGUACACGAACAUAUGGUUGGUACACCUUGUCACUCACUGUGAAAGGCCAGUAUGCGUCAGGGCAGCUGAAUGGAUACCCACUGUGGAAGAACGCUGUGGUUCUCACUCCAAACAAUGGCUGGGCUGCAAUUGGAACACACUCAUUUGAACUGGCUCAGUUUGAUAACUUUGCUGUGGUGGCAGAAUAAGGAUUUCACUGUGAUGUAAUGAUUUACUGUAAGCUUUAAAUAUGCUGAUUCAUUUAUUGGCCUAAUAAAUGCAUUGAUUUGA